AUUUGCAAGAAGUUUUUUUUACUCUUAUCUCCCAAAUUCACUUGCGAAGCGAACGGAGCGAUAUGGGCAGGUCAGACGGGCAGCUUUUGUGACUGGUUUCUGGAUGCUUUGAUUUCCCCGGCGGUCGGAAGGAUGGACAGGCCUAGCACGCUGACUCAGACCUCGGUGUUGCCUUUCUCCGACCCCGAUCACGCCCUCCACAUCCUGCAGGGCAUCAACGAGCUGCGGGUGGAGGGCAAGUUCUUCGACAUGACCCUGUCGGCGGACGGCCAGGAUUUCCCGUGUCACCGGACGGUGCUGGCGGCCGCCAGCCACUACUUCAGGGCCAUGUUCGCGGGCCGCCUGAAGGAGAGCUACGCCGAGCGGGUGGAGCUGCACGGGGUGAAGGCCCCGAUCCUGGGCCUGCUGCUGGAUUUCUCCUACACCGGCCAGGUCACCGUCACCCAGGGCAACGUGGAGCCGCUGGCCCGGGCCGCCGACCUCUUCCAGUUCCCCUCGGUCAAGGAGGCGUGCUGCGCCUACCUGGAGCGGCAGCUGGACGUGGCCAACUGCCUGGAGAUCCAGGAGUUCGCCGAGGCCUACGCCUGCCGCGGCCUGGCCGAGAACGCCAAGCGCUUCAUCCUGCGCCACAUCGUCGAGCUGUCCGCCGAGAAGGAGUUCGAGGCCCUGCCGCAGCGCCGGCUGCUCGAGUACCUCUCCGAUGACCGGCUGCACGUCGACAAGGAGGAGGCGGCCUACCAGCUGGCCCUGCGCUGGGUCAAGGCCGACCCCAAGCGCCGCCUCCGCUUCUGGCCCGAGCUCUUCGAGCACGUGCGGCUGCCGUUUAUCCGCCGCUUCUACCUGCUCGCGUACGUGGAGAGCGACCCGCUCGUCUACUACUCACCCCGCUGCCUGCAGCUCAUCCACCAAGCGCGGGCCUUCCAGUCCUCCGAGUACGACCGCCACGACUACCCGUGCGAGAGGAUGAGGGCCCGGCCCUCCACAGGCCUCGCCGAGAUCCUGGUGGUGGUCGGCGGCUGCGACAAGGACUGCGACGAGCUGGUCACCGUCGACUGCUUCAACCCGCAGACCGGGCACUGGCGGUACUUGGCCGAGUUCCCCGACCACUUGGCCGGAGGCUACAGCAUCACCGCCUUCGGAAACGACAUCUAUGUGACCGGUGGUUCUGAUGGGACAUCACUGUAUGAUUGUGUGUGGCGUUACAAUUCCAGUGUGAACGAGUGGACAGAGGUUUCGCCCAUGCUGCAAGCCCGAGAAUACCACAGCUCUGUGGUACUCAAAGGCCAUAUCUAUAUCAUUGCCCAUGACAGCCUGGAGCGCUACGAUCAUAGCCUCGACAGCUGGGAGGCCCUGCAACCCAUGCCCUACCCCAUGGACAACUGCUCAAGUACAGCCUGCCGGGGAAAACUCUAUGCCAUCGGCACUCUUGCUGGUAAAGAAUCAAUGGCCAUUCAGCGUUAUGACCCUGAGACUGACUCAUGGAGUGUUGUGGUUUGUGGUUCGUUACCUCCGUGGUCAUUUGUGCCGAAGACAGUGACACUCAAUGGACUAAUAUAUUUUGUGCGGGAUGAUUCUUCAGAAGUUGAUGUGUAUAACCCAACAAAGAAUGAAUGGGACAAAAUUCCACCCAUGAAUCAGGUCCACGUUGGUGGCAGUGUGGCUGCCCUGGGAGGAAAGUUGGUUGUUUCUGGCGGCUAUGAUAACACAUUUGAACUAUCCGAUAUAAUCGAAAGCUAUGACUUUCAGACUGGUUCCUGGAGUGUAGUGGGGCGACUCCCACAGCCCACCUUCUGGCAUGGAACUGUCAGCAUCUUCCGACAGUUCAUGCCCACUGCCCAGGUUACCUUUGAAGGGACCCUGAAUGACAACCAUAACAAUGAAAUAAAUGCUCUGAACUUGGCUCGGUAUCGAAGACACCUUCAUAAUGAGAACCUCCGCCUAUAGCACUGUUAGACUGGACUGAUAUCUGCUACAGUGAAAUCUGCUUGGAUUCUUUCCAAAAUCAACAGAUUUGUAACACGUUACAAAAGCUCACCAUCUAAUUCUGUACUAGCUCGUGUCAAUUGGACAAUGACCUUUCCCGGUUUAUUGUAAAGAUCGUCCUUGUUGAACCAAAAGCAGUCACUUCUCCCAGUUGGAUUGGGUUUUGUCUGAAAUUGCUCAUCUUGACACAACUGUGUCAUUCAUUGUCUGCUGGCUAUGUUUAGUCUGGCAGGUUUCACUGUAUCUGUUGACCGAUUCUGUUAAGUUAGGAGAUGCGACGAUUUUGUCUUCUCCUUUGGACACGUGCUUGUUCCUAAGCAUUGCUUGAAAAAGACUUGCUUUUACGUAACGUCAGAUCACAUUGUAAAAUGCUUCACUUGCAAUUAAUUUACUUUUGAAGUGCAACAAUGUAAGAAAAUAAGGUAGCCGUUCUGUACACACAGCACGAACACGUGGACAGCAGCAAGGUUAAUGUGGUUUUACUGUUCUUUUUAAGGACAAGUAUUGGAGAGAACCAGACAGCCAGAGAACUCUUCAAGUUGUCCUGUAGGUUUCUUGAGGCUCUUAUCUGCCCAGGCAGACAGAGGUUGAGCGUACAUACUAUUUUGUUUUCUAUUUUGUUUCAGCCCCGUGAAGUCAACUAUAUUUUUUACUGAUUUUAAGUUUUCUACGAGUGUGUUGGGAUAUAGUGAAGAACCAGGUGAACACUGUGCUAUUUACUGGGUUUUAAUGAAGACAUACAAUGUAGUGUUUAAUGUUUACGCAAAGAAGUCACAAUGUGAGUUCCAGUUGGAACGUAUGCUAAGUGUGUAAAAUGAUUGGCAAUGACUAGCUCCAGAAAAAGCUUGCCAACAGCCCUUUGAUAGUACUGAUUGCUACAUUUUAAGGCUGGAUCUAACCUGUUUAAAAUCUCUGACAUCAAGUGAGCAAAUCUGUACAGUGGAGAAAGGUUGUUUGGAAUGUGGAAUUGGGGUCUUGUUGCCUUGGAUCUGGCACGUUGGUACUGGUGCACUUUAAUCCUAUGGGAUGUCUUUUAAUUCGCCUCAAAUUUGUUGCCCCAUCACCAACCCCACCCUCUUUAGCAGUAGCAGGCUUGUUAGAAUUUCAUAAGGAUGAAAAAAACAUUCAGUUUUGGUAGGAAAAAUACAUAUCAAGGAGUUCCACUCUAUUUUCUAGAAACACUGCCAGCUUGUUCCAAAAUAGCUCAUCUACUUCAUUUUGGAGUGGACAGAAGGUAUCAAAUAUAUAUAUUUAGUUUUAUAAAAUUUCUAUUUAUAAAACUGUAGAAAUAGAGGGUUUGCAAUUAAAUGUUCAAGAGUCACUAAUUCAGUAGAAAGAUAUGGUUGUUUGUGUGUAGUUUUUAGAAUCUGGAAGUAAGUAUUCCCAGUAUCUAUUUUGAGGUAACUUGGAUAGAACAUGAAAUAAAUAUUAUUUGCUGACAUUAUUCCAUGUCCAAUUGUUUGAAAUAUUUUAUUUAGAAAUGUGUAUUUAAACAAAUACCAGUUCUAUUUUUCUCCCUUUUGCCUUUCCCUAUUUGUACCCUAAAGCAACUGCCUCUCUGAGAGGCACAGAAUGCAGCAGUGAUUGCCACUCAGACCUAUCGCGACAUUCUGUUGUGCAUUUGGCAGGUUAUUUAACUGAAGUUAAGACUGAAGCUGUCCUUGUUCAGCAGAUAUAAUUAGGAACAAGAGCUCCCCUUUUUUUUAAUUUCCUCCCCUCUUUUUCUCAGUCUGAGGCACUGAAACAAAUUCAGUACAGGAUGGCUGAGUUAAGUUUGAUGUACAGAGCAAGGAUAGAACUGAUGCUUUUGUUGAUUUUUGUCAAACUGAACUUAAUUUGGAUAAACUUUUAGAUGUUGGAGAAUGGGCAGUUCCAUUUUUAAAUAUAUACCUGAAUCUGAACAAAAUCUCCAUUUAAUAUUGAACCUAAAAAUGGUCACCUUAAAGGAGAAAAUUAAUACAUUUUAAAGGUAGGACAUUGUAGUUUUUCUUUCCAGAUUCUGUAAAUUCUAAACACUUCCUGGUUUUAUCUUGUUUUCAUGUGUAU